AUGGCGGGUGUGUCGCCAAGCUCAGAGUACUUUCCCGACGUGGGUAAAUGCCUCUCGGGCGAAAAGCCCGUGCUUUCCUGGGACGACUUGUUCGAAGCGCUGUUCUCUCACGACCAUUCCAGGGCUCAAGGUGCCUGUCGCAUACUCUCCGGCGACCAUCCCAAGCGCAUGCUAUCGUCGAGGUUCCCUUUCUUUCCCCAACGCGAUGCCUCCUCAAAGGCUGCUUUCGAUUCGACAAUUUCGGCAAUUCCAUCAUCCUCAAAGGGACUUUACAACCGCGACGAGCUGCAGGAAGAUGCUGUGUGGCUCAGCAAGCAGGUCGACAUCAGCGAACAAGAGUCCCUGCGGCUGGCGCUGCUGGAAUGGCAGUAUCGCCCAGAGUCCAGACUCCGGGAGGGAUACUCUGAAGCAGAACUAGCAAGUUUGAAGGGGGCUCUUGGUUCAGACUACGUGGAUCGGUAUCUGCAAGCGAGAGGUGGCUCCCAAGCCAGAGAUGAUGCUGGUUUCCACUCCCAGGAAUCGCGUCGAGCCCGGUUACUUUGCUUCCAUCUGAGCCAGGAAGUGCUGGUUUUGCGCCUGAGUAAGGAACUCACCGAGCUCGACUCCUCCGACGACAAAGAGCCAGGAAUCUCGUACCCUUGCGCGACGUAUGCGAGUGAGGUCCGUGCUGGCCUGUACGAUCUCAAGGGUGAUAUUACAAUCGGGAUCAAGCGCACAGAACAGCUCCUGCAGAGACUGGAAUCUGGUCCCUCAUGGGAGAUCGAGCAAUCACAUCUGGGUCUUCUCAAAGACGUGAGGGACACCUGUACCCUGCAAAUGAUUGGACAUGUCUUGGAGACUCUCUUCUUAGUGGUCACACGGUCGGAGAAAACCCUGCCUUCAGAGUCAGUUAGCCUUUGGGCGCGCUUGAUGUCGUCCGUGGGAUUUUUUGCAUCAUUUGUGUCCGAAAUCGAGACGCAGACAGUGGCGAUACAGAAGAUGCAGUCGACUGCCUCCAUGUUGAGCCUGGCGAUUCUCAAUGUGGGCUCGACCAUUGACACUUUGGUGACUACAGCGUCAUCAGGUCAAAUGAUUCAUCCUGGGUCACGGCCGGAGUACUUCUUUGAUCUCGAAUCUACUUCGCACGUUCAUGACCUGCUCUACAGUGCAGCUUCAACAGGGAACGUGCUUGCCGGACCUGCCAUCCUUGCCUGGGCAAUGAUCAUUUACAAAGUCCAACAACUAGCCUCCUUGAUCAAGGAAAAGAGAGAGUCACAACAUGUCCAGCGGGCUCUUGACGCCGUCUCAACAUUUGACGCAGCAACCGGACGCCGGACCUCUGGCAGCGGCUCCGCCUUCCAAACGACAGUCCUCGAAGAUCUCUUAGACACGGUCAUGAUUCACAGCACAAAUGACGAUCCUUCGAGUUUUCUCCUCGAUGCAGCCCUCGGCCGAUGCAACGUUGUCGACUACUUUGCCGUUCUGAGUUCUUCGCUAGGUGGCCUUACGAACCCGCUACCCAUAUACCAAGUCCAAGGACUGCAAGAAGCCGUUAAAAUGGCGCAGUUGUUGUUGGGUUACAUCCCAGAGUUGAUAUCGUCUCAGCUGGCUUUGCUGGCUGUCGACGCUGACAAUCGAUCAGGACAGAAGCUCUACGAUCCCAUAAUCACCUUCAUUGAGGACGAAGAUCUGCUUCGAGGAUUUUACGACACGGCAGCAGCCAGAUUUCCGUAUGAAUGCCUGCCCUUUCUCCAAUUUUCUCGAGCCUUGGCUAGGGCGUCCAUUUUUAGUGACGACGGUACCCAGUACGUCGAAUACCGACUUCGAAGAUUGACAUCCUUGACUCGAGCGGUCGGGAAAGGCGUCAACUACACAACAACACGGGAGGACGAAAGCGGCAGCUUUGUGACUCUAGAAACACCAGUCAAUAUGCUUGACUUCACGCAAAACAAGCUUCUGACUUAUACCCACCAAGAGACCGAGACCACGUCCAUCGUCCCGGCGGACACAAUUGGGGAACUCAUUUCCGAUCCUGAUGCAGGAGGUCCAGCCGUGAUUAGAUGGCAAUACGAGUUCUCAGGUCUUGCAUACAUGGGUCAAUUGCUGGAACUCUACUACAUGGGACUACUCGCGGCAACAGUUUCUCCGUCGGAAGAUCUUGAAGGCGUGGUUUCGGAGGCGAUCGGUGUUCUGGCGACGCUUUUGUCAACCGUGUUGAGCAACAAUCCGCUUCAGCAGACAGCAACUGAACUUCAAGACCAUUGCACGUCGAUUCUGGACGAAGCCAGCAGCCAUCUUAACCCAGAGGCGGACAUUGUACAGUACAUCUUUGACAUCCUCGAACAAGAGCUACAGAGUUUCCGACGACGUAUCAUAUCUACCUUCGAUUGUCGUAUCAUGACUGCCUGUCUAGACUUUAUUAUCGUCUUGACCGACCUGAAACCGCAAUUGGUCUGGUCGAACCUCAGACGAACAAGUCUUCUAGGCCAUCAAUCGGCUUCAUCACCCAUUCUCGCCAUCGUGUCUUCAGUUGAAGCCCCGCUUCAGAUUUUUGACUUCUUGGAAAAAUGCUUGGAGCUGUACCACUCCUUGGUCGGAUUGGCUCUCAGACAGGCAAACACUAAUGCUGCAGUGACGGGACCGGUGAUGGGGUCCAAGCUAUCGACUGCCUGGCGUGUUCAAGCUCCAAUGCUCCUGAGUGCAACCGAAGUAUUCUAUCAAGUAUUUCACGAGAUCUCAGACUGGUCCUUUCGUAAUCCACAGCAGCAGCUUCGCAUCAGCACCAGCAUCGCCAAAUCGUUUUCGGACAUCAUUCAAUACGCUUUUGGUUUUGGUGCUUCGUUCAGUGCGAUCAGCAUCGCAGCAGCACCUUUUACAGAGGCGGCAACAUACCUUGUUUCAACACUUCGGGAAUCGGGGUCCCAAGAUCUAGGGUUGAAUCCAAUCGCACGAUCACUAUUCGCAACAAGCAUUAGUGACAAGAGUUUUCUGCUGGGCGACGAGUCAGUGCUGCCGGACGAUGCUGGCUUUGAGCGUUAUGUACGAUCACAGCUGUCACUUGCCACGUUGCUUGUGCGCUACAGUCACGUCCAAGGAUUGCCUUUGUCACCCUUGGACAGGCACAUCUUCGACACGGUCCCCGCCUUAGUGCGAACCCUCCAAAUCGGGCCAUCGAUUCGUGCCUCUUGCUUGGGGUUGUUGGGGAACGUUCUUGUUCGCGUAGGACGCCAUCAGCCGUCGUCGUUACUCGGCGACCUGGGCUCAUCCUCAUGCAUUGACCUACUCAACGUUCUCCAACAUGUCGACGCCUAUGCUAAGUCGCCUCAGGAACGCGCAGAAGUGUGGAAACUGCUGAGCCAGUUGGUCAGGGAUUCCCAACAAUGGCUGGCUAUGGUGAUCCUGACUGGCUCUGUCCCGGAGGGCUCCAAGGAGAAGAAACCAGAAACAGAGGCCGCGCUUUCUAUUCGUGGCAAAACUUUUCUCCAAAUUGCUGUCGACGAGGUGCGAAGCAUCGCAAGUCUUCCGCCGCAAGUUGCGAUAGCAAUGCUGGACUUCGUUCUGCAGGCGCAGCAGAAUUGGUCAUGGGUCACGCAAGUUCUCUCCUCGUCCAAAGAUUUUUUUUCCAAAAUUGUCCAAUUCGCUAUGAACUCUGGCACCCAGGCCUCCGACGGCACCAGUCUCGCCAAUCAAAAUCUGAUCGCAGCUCGCGUCACAGAUAUUGCCAGGACGCAUCUUCACCAUGCUAUUGUAGCGAGGGACAUGAGUGCCAUCAAAACCUACAUCCCACUAACCAACUGGCUCGCAUCAAACGCGGUUAGUGUCUCAAGCUACAACGCCUCCUUACACGGAAACCUGCGCCGCAACUUCGCCGCCAAGUACAACGGACUAAGAGUGGUCGAUAUCAAGACUACGGGCUUGAGCGAACGGGAAUUCGGCCCUGGCUUCUAUUAUGAUACAGAUUUCGCGAACAAGUUGCUAAAUCGCGAUCCGUCUUGGCAGGGUGUCGGAGGGAGGUCUAAUGAGCAAUCGUUCUCCGCAGAGUUUCGUCGUGCCAACACAAACCUCUCAAUCGUUGAGUCCGAGUUGGCGCUUUUGUCAAGCUUGCAGCGCCUGUGUAUUGAGCACUGCAAGUUCUUCGUCCAGGAUCGCGAAAUGCACAGAGCCAUGGCACGCAUCAUUCGACACUGUCUUGAGGCAAACUCACACGCCUAUCCUACGGAAGCGCUUUUCGAGUCCUUGUUUCAGAAGCGAGCAGACCUAGCAAUUGCUCUUUUACGGGAACUUGUUGCAGCUGGUGCCAAGGGCUCUGACAUGAUGGGCUUGCUGGAGCAUGCUUGGACUGCUGUACGAUUCCGAAGCGGAUCCUACGAACAAGCUAUCGUCAACAACGAUCUGACGUACUGGCGUUCAGUCCUUUCGAUCUUGCUCAUGACCCUUCAAGUCCAUGUCAAUUUGAAGCAGAAAUUGUCCGUGGUUUCGAGCGGUACCACUGCGAUCGUCCCUCUCGACCCAGAAAGCCCUACAUUCCUCGAAAUCACGAGCAGCAUUGUGGCCGAAGGUCUCAAGUCCAUCGUCGUCGCACUUCAGGACCAGAAAGAAAUCAGAUCGAAGGCUGACGCUGGUGACGGGGGUGAUCUGGUUGGGCUGCGGGACGUCUCGAUCCUGUUGACCCUUAUGCAGGCCAUUCUGAGGCUGCCUAGUCUCCCCCAGUUUGCUGCAGAGCUGUCGGAUCGGCUGUCUUCCUCGGGCGUCAUCUCGUCAUGUUUCAUACUCUACUCAUGGUCUCAUCUGCUGGGUGGGUCGGAAACAGAGAGCCAGCCUCGUUACGCCGACUACUGUGUGCAGUUCCUUGCAUCUAUUUCUUCUUUACCACUUGUCGCUGAAGAACUUGCCAUUGAAGGGGUGCUAAGCCGCAUCCUUUCCUCCAAGACGACCGAGGCACUUCAACGGGUUGCAGGCGGCGUCUCCCAUAACGAUAACAGGCGCAACUGUGCUUUCCUUUACCGCGUCUGGGUAACUGGCCUGCUACCUCUUUGUCUCAAUCUUCUGCACGCCGUUGGUGGCGCCAUCGCACCAGAGAUCUCAGUCUUCCUCAAUCGGUUCCCUGAUCAACUCAUUCGCGCGAGCACAAGCUUAAUGCCGACACCGCAAACAAAGGCUUCGGGUGCUGAUGUUUUGACAUUCGGGGUAUCAAGCGAAGCAGCAACAUUGGCCCUUAUAUCAUAUGGUCUGGCGUCAUACCGUGAUGCUGGAGCCUCUGCCGCAGUGGACCCGACGACCAUUCUACCAUUGAAAGGCUACGACGAGCACCGGAAGGCCAUCUUGGAGGACUUGCGCGACUUGAUUGCCAUGAAAGAGGAUGCAAGACGAAAGAUCACCGCGCCAACUGAUGAGAAGGAAAUGACCUGGCAGAAUGCCAAAGACGGAGAUAAACUCGAUGGUAAGAUUGUGAAAGAACUGAAAAUGGCUGUAGCAGCAUUGAGCCGAGAUGACGAUGAUGACGAAAAGUGA